CAUCACCAUUUAUUCCUCCCUUCCACUCUCUCCUGAAUCAUUCCAAAUACAGUUACCUAGUUGUUGAUAAUGAAAAAUGGAUGUGGCAGAAUCAUUCUGUUCUUAAUCUACCUCUCUGCGACUUCUCCACCUUCUCCAGGGACUCGUCCUACUGGAACAGAAAUGGUCUUGGCUGGGAGGACUCAUCCUGGGUUGAGCCUCUUUGUUCAUGUCGUGUAUGUUUAAAUACUUGUUAGUGUUCCUUGUCGACUGACUUUCAUUGUAGUGUUAUUGCCUCUCUUGCUUUUGCUCCCUAAAGCUUAAGUUGUAACAGUCAGUCUUUUGUUUCCUCACAUGCUGUGGAGCUAUCCCUCAGUUUUAAGAGGGUCUAAUGAAGUAGUGUCAUAUCUGCCUCUACCAAGUUCAUGAACAGCAUGAUAAUGAUUAAAUCAGAUGUAAAGAAAAAAUAUUUUAUUCUGACUGAAGUGUUUGUCAUCAGAGAAGCAGAAAAGGAAUUUUGGUAUUUUGAGAAAAGGUUUUAUUUCCUCAAACUUGGCUUUAAAGAUAUGUGUACAUCCAAAAUGCAAAGCUCACCUGAAUCCUGAUCAAGUUAAGGGCGCACAGGUCUAUACUCAAGUAAUGCAGUUGAAGCUCUUCUCAGUUGGUUAAUAAUUCAUCUGUCCUCCACAUGUUAGAUACCAUCCAGUCUCUUAAAUGAUGGUGAAAUGGCUUCCUGUUCUUUGGUGUGAUAAGAGGCGAGUUUGAUGAUGAUCUUGUUUUAUACCCUGCUCUAGGACGGAUCUGCUCCUUUUGUUCAAAUGAAAUUGAGUGUGUCAUCUGUAGGGCGAUGCUGAGCACUACUGAAGCUGUUGAGACACUUCCCAUAUAGCUUCCAGUUGUGUUCUCAAUAGCGAAUUUAAUUAUACCAAAGAGCAGCCUUCCUAAUUUCUUGGAUUCCCAGAAGUAUCCAGCAGUUUCUAUUGUGAUGCCCAUUGUGUUGAGUUCAUUUUAAAAUCUGGUUAACAUUAAAGGAUACUGUCUGUCAUGCUUUGAGAACCUAUAUACAACUAUGAAAUUGUGGAGCAAUUUGCUGUUAGAGCAGUUUGUCAGGUCUUCGUGAUGUAUUUCCCAGACUGAACAAUGGAGGACAGUCAAAUUUUGAUGGUUGCUAUUCAGCGGGAAGCAUGUGUAGACAAUGGGAUGCUGAAACGUAGGGAAGCCAGCCCAGCCAAAUGUGCCUGAAGGGGCUGGUAUUUUGAGAAUCAGUAAUGUCCAAACAGGAGAACAAAGGCAGGCUAUUGGUCAUUAUGACUGUGUUAUUCUGCGGACUUCUUGGGGCUGUCAGACUUUGUUCUGAAGGAGGAGAGAGCUUGUGGGUUAUGGUAUGUCGAAGAUGUGUCUCCUGGCUGGGAACAAAGAAAGAAGUGGAAGAAUUUCUUGUUUUCCUUUUGAGGCUCCAUAAUUAGCCCCCAUGCAAUUCAGGGGCUCCUUGGUUCUCUUCCUGUCUUUUGUGAACAGUGACUUUUGUUUGCCCUUCUUCUGCAAUGUGAAAGGGUGAGUAUGGGCUUGGUUUUUGGGGCUGUCCUUACAAAGAUGAACAGAAAAGUCAGGAGUCCUUAUCAAGAAAGUCUCUGGAGGAAUGUGGCUCGCACGCUGAUGUCCCUAUGAGCUAAUACCACAAAAAGGGUCUUGAAGCAAGUAGUACGUGAACUUUUCUGGCAUAAGUUGUGCAGGAAGUCACACUGAAAAAUUGAUAUGGUCAAUUUUAUGCUUUGAAGCUCUUUCUUGCAUGAUCUUUGUCAGCUGGCCCUUGAUUUCUUGCAUUUAUGUUGUUACUGAUUCUUUAUUCCAGUGCUUUGGAAGACCCUAGGCGAUGAGGUAAAUGAGCUUUAAAUAAAGGUACUGCGCAUGUGGGUUGGAGUACAAUAUUGGUCCUUAGCAUCCAACAGAAUUUCGCAAUCAUUUAACCCAGGAGAGCACAAUCUCUUGUUCAGUGUUAUACUGUGGUGAAAAUGUGGGUAACCCAAAAUGGCUGCGCAGGAAUUUUGCCCCAGCGCCUCAGGUGAGCAUCAUGUUACAGUCAGGCUGUAGGACUGACAUUCUUAGGGACCAGCAGAAAUCAGGACUUUAUAGUUUUCUUAGGUAAAAGAGCAUUUCCAGCCCCAGCAGCCUUGCAGAUCCCUGCUAGUACAUGGAAGAAAUGACAAUUCAGGAAGGGGUUCACCAGGUCUGAAACAAAAACAGUAGCAGUCAUUGAGUUCUCCUAUGCAAAUAGUGAACUGACUUGCCCCUGCUUACUUUGAACUACAGUGAGACCAUGGCACAAACUUAUUGCUCUAGUCUAAUAUCAGCCGUUAAAAAUUCUUUUGGCUUGGGGUUUAAGGACAAGGCUUUUAAAAGGAGAAAAAUCUUUGUAGUUGAGGUAGAGAUUAUUUUUAUAUAUAGCUCUUUGUGCUUCGGGGGUAGAGUCUACUGAAAAUAUAUGUACAACUGGCUUCUGGCUCUUUGUUAAAGCCGUUUUUGUCUAUAGUUGGCUGAGUCUACCUAUUUUUUCACAUGUUUUUGGUUCAUUUCACUAUGUCCCUUCAGAUAUCUUCUAAACCCUUGCAUGCAUUUGAGAAAGACUAGUAAACAAACUGCAAUUCAGACAAUAAUUCUAAUCUCUAGUUGUAAGAUGCCUGCUUUUUCUCUUAACCCUGCUUUUAGUAGGUGUUGGACGGAGUUUAUCCACUCUCACAUAUGUUCAUCAUCUUUAACUGUGGAAGAAUUAUUGCCAUUCAUUAAUGCACCUGUUGCUGUGCAAAGAUGAUGAAGGAGUUGCGUGUUAUUGGCAUACAGUUGGGAUCUCUGGCUGUGGAUGUUAAUGCCCUCAGAGGAAUAUGAGGUGAAUGCUAAGAGGUACUGGGAUGACUUUUAUAAAAUCCAUGAAAAUGGUUUCUUCAAGGACAGGCACUGGCUGUUCACUGAAUUUCCUGAGCUGGCACCUACCAGGAAUCCAAGUCAAAAUGGAGGUUCUGUGCAUAAAUUUAAUAACAAAGAACAACUCAACAAUGAAGGAUUGGGAAGCUGUGAAAAUGGACAUUGCUCAUUGGAAACCCGGACAGAGAAUCAGUUAAACCUGAUAAAAAGGAAACCUAAGAUCUGCACAGAGGAGGUGGCUACAUGGAAGUAUAGUGAGCUGAACCAAACUGAUGGAGGUUACCCAGGAUCAUCUGCGUCUUACCGUAUAUUAGAGGUGGGCUGUGGUGCUGGAAAUACGGUCUUCCCAAUUUUACAAACGAACAAUGACCCAGGCCUUUUUGUUUAUUGCUGUGAUUUUUCUACAACAGCUGUGGAUCUUGUCCAGAACAAUGCAGAAUAUGAUUCUUCUCGCUGCUUUGCGUUUGUUCAUGACCUGUGUAAUGACCAAAGUCCUUUCCCAAUGCCAGACCAGAGUCUUGACAUUGUUAUUCUUAUCUUUGUCCUCUCAGCGAUUCUCCCAGAGAAGAUGCAAUGCAUCGUUAACAGGCUGAGUCGCCUCCUGAAACCAGGAGGAAUGAUUUUGUUACGAGAUUAUGGCCGUUAUGAUCUGGCCCAACUUCGGUUUAAGAAAGGUCAGUGUCUUUCUGAUAACUUCUAUGUAAGAGGUGAUGGAACCAGAGUCUACUUCUUCACACAAGAUGAAUUAGAUGAUCUCUUCACAACAGCUGGCCUGGAGAAAAUCCAGAAUCUGGUUGAUCGGCGAUUGCAAGUGAACCGUGGGAAACAAAUGACGAUGCAUCGAGUAUGGAUCCAAUGCAAAUACCGCAAGCCUGCUGCCCCUCAGCUGUGAGGAAACGGGGUGUGCUUCUGAGAUUGCAGCCUCUUGGAGAUGCUCAAUGGAGAUAUUGCAGUGUCUCCUCCUGGUGCGAUAUGGUUUUAUGGAGUUCAGUGCACGCGGGACCUCAGUGCCUUUUACAGUGCCUAGCGUCACUUCAAGUGAGUCUUGCUGAGGAUAAAUGUUCUAAGAGGAGACCAAGCAAUAUUUUAGAUGUCUUGCUACUCAUCUGAGUUCUUUAAAUUAUGCAUGGUUUUAACAACUUAAGAAAUGGUCAUGGUGUCUUGCAGCAGCUGAGCAAGUUCGGUAGCAAGUCACUUUUACUCUGGAUCUCCACAUGAAACAGAAGGAGAGCUUCAACCUUACCUCUGUGUUAUGUGCUCUUGUCUUGGGAACAAAAACCAUACAAAGGGUAAAUCGCCUCUUCCCUGCAGCUGGACACCAGACCUAAUGUGAACCUGUUAGCCAGCUUAUCUCAUGCAGCUCUCUUCUAGUUCAUAAAAUGGUUUUGAUUGGCAAAGACCUUUAAGAUCAUCGAGUCCAGUCAUCGAUCCAGCCCUGCUAAGUUUGCCACCAGACCAUGUCCCCAAGUACAACAUCUACUCAUCUUUCAAACAUCUCCAGAGUGUUUGGGUUUGUGCAGAUCUACAAGUUAGAACACAUUGAUGGAGGGCAGAAACUGAAAGCAUACUAGUUUCUCUGUGCUGGCUUCCCCGUGGAUGCUUCACCGUGUACAGGUAACCUGUGGAGAAGGCAGAUUAUGUUGCGUUGCUCUUGCUAUCUACAAGAGCUCUUGCUCUCUAGAUGAGCUAGCACGCUAUACCUCAGGUGCUAUAAAUCAUAUCAGGCAAGGUUCAAGCUUUCAAAGAUUGGGGGUAAUGCCAGUUUUGGGGCACCUCCAGAGUGCAGGGUAUCAUGGGCAGCUCACAGGACCAGGGUUUGUAAAGAAUUAUCUGCUUUUUCUACUUGAACAGUGAGAAACUGUUCUUGCUGGCUGCAGCCCCCAGGUCACGAACUGCAGUGCCCUGUCACGGUGGUGUGCUAAACCUAAAAAGACACCUGUCUUUGAUAAGAAAUCUGGAGAAUGUCUAGCACGCUUGUUUGAUUUCUUAGGGAAGCCAACAUUGUGGCUUUCUGAAGGUUUUUUCCCCACCUUUGACAGCAAAUGUCUUUUAUCUCAGCUUGUUUUCUUUUGUUGUUUUUAGGGUGUGGCACAACAGGUAUGAGAAUAAAUUCUGCGGUAAUGCUUUUCAAGUGCUAGUUUGAUUAAUAUACAUCAGGCUUCCACAGAAGCUCGCAUGCUUCUGUGCGCCUGAUCUGAAGGAUUUGGGCCACCAUUAGGUAACUACAGGUUCUUCUCUUCUCUUCUCUUCUCUUCUCUUCUCUUCUCUUCUCUUCUCUUCUCUUCUCUUCUCUUCUCUUCUCUUCUCUUCUCUUCUCUUCCUCACUAAUACUUGCUCUCGCGUCUCAAGAAAGGAAAGCCUUGUGUGAUAUCUCCUACCUUGAUUUAGUUCAUAGAAUCAUUUGGUUGUAAAAGCCCUUUGAGAUCUGUACCUGUCUACUACUAAACCAUAUUCCUGAGCACCUCAUCUGCCCAUCUUUUAACCACCUCCCCUGGCAUCCUCUGGUGGUACCUUCUAGAAAUUUUUCCUGAUGUCUAUUCUGAACCUGCCCUGAUGCAACUUGAGACCAUUUCCUCUUGUCCUAUUGCCUGUCACUUGGGAGAAGAGACCAGCACCCACCUUACUACAACCUCCUUUCAGGGAGUUGUAGACAGCAAUGAGGUCUCCCCUCAGCCUCCUUUUUUCCAAGCUAAACAAUCCCAGUUCCCUGCGCACUGCUGACUGAAAUUCGAGCCACACUAAACAUGUAUUUUGUUAGCUGACGCUUGUAUUUGUAGCUUACAGUUGCCUAAGAAUAAAUGUCAACUAUAGAGACUCGUAGGUUAUGAAAUAACUGCUGUCUUGAAAUGGGGGAGAAAGGGUGAAAAGAUGAGGAACUGCCAUUGCUUUCUUAGGAGAGUCUGGAGGAGCAUCCUGAUUUGUAAAGCUUUAGUAGGGGCUGUAGCAAUGCUCUCUGCUGGGUAUGUGGCAGCAUGAUCGGUUCGUAAUUUCCACAUCACUGUGUCACCCUGCAGGUAAUUAUGUCUGCUAUCAAGGCUUUUGUGGGUCAGGACAUUUCCACCCUUCUUGUGGAAAGGUGACCCAGCAAAUCCAUUCACACCCCAAAGGCAGGCUGCAGUGCCGGGACGGGAAUGGAAAUGUACCAUUGCUUUUUCCUUUCCACCUAAUUCUUUUAAAUAACCUUGAAAAGGAAUCAAAUAACUGAGAAGACAAUUCUUGUUCAAUUUAUUGUACUGUGUUUCCUAAAGGGCUAAGAGACUUCCCAGCAUCUGCAAAUUAAAUAGGGGAGGAGUUAAAGCUUGAAGAAGCUGGUUUUGGAAGGCAGAGAAAUGAAUGGGAGAUCAUUUUGCUUCACAGCUGACGAGUGGCCUUUUCUGCUUCUCCAUUUCCUGACCUGUUUCAUAAAGACAAUUAAGAAAAUCAUGCCUUGCUAUUGACCUGCCCUUGAUACAUCUUCACUAGGGUGCAGAGCAGCACAUGGGGGGAGCACAUGUUCCUUGGUUCUUCAGUCCAGGCUGGUCAGCCUGUGGACUUGAAGGGAACCAUAGUGCUGAAGGAGGGGGAAACAGGGGUCUAAAUUCACCUUCUGUCCCUCCCACUUGUCCGUAACACAUUCUGCUACAGGGCACAAGCCUGACUCAGCCCAGAAGCUCUGCAGCCGCUGCUGUGUUUUCGUGCUAGUCCUACAAAGUCGGGUUCCCUGGCAAGGUUGGUACCUCAGGCAAGGUCUAGGCAAAACACGGCUCAAGGCCUGUGGGAGCUGAGCAAGCUCAUGUCUCCUCAUCUUACCCAGAUAGAGUCAGGCUUAGCAAAAGAAGUCCUGUGAGUGUUUGAUGUGACGUGACUCAUGUAACCAGCUCUGUAGCCUUCAGUGGAAGACCUCCCGUGUGUUACUGCUGCUGUAGGCAGUUCCCUAGGGUCCUUUCGCUCUUGGUCCCCAGAGGGAGACCUCCUCCUGGGAUAGCUUUAUCUCUCUGGAAGAGAAAUUAUUGACUGGGGUGAACAAGCAGCAUAAUUUAUAUGAAUUAAAGUAAUUUGAAAAAAAAGCCUUAUUAAUCAUCCAAAGGCUUGUAAGCAGCACAGGAAAAUAUGUUUUUAAUUAUAAACAUGAUUUAUUUAAAGCUGAUGGGCUCCUCUUUAAAUUUAAACUCCAGAAGGGGAGAAAAUGAAGGCUAGUAAUUUAUUUGUUUCUACUUCCAAGACUACAUCCCAGUUGCCUGCCUGGUUUUGACUUGGGCUUCAUGCAAAAACUUGCAGCCCUCUGAGCCUGCAGCCAUGGAGGUGGCUCUUUGCCUUUCUUAAUGCCCUUCAUUCUGCUGGAGUAUUUAAGCAGUCACUCAACAUGAACCAUACUGGGCAGACAUGCUUUUGUUUCCAGUCCUGCUGGUGGUGUUCAGAAAGCAACAAGUUAAUGGCUUUGGAUUGAGCCAGGCCUCCUACAGACAGAUACCGCCAGAGCUUCCUUCUUUCAUCUCCACUAGCUCCUGUUCUCUCUGAAGAUGCUGCUUCCCUGCAACUCCAGGCCUUGCCUCCCACACAGCUUUGCUCAGGUGCCUUGGUCCUGACUUGCAGAAGCUCCUGCCAUCCCCACCUUAGGCCUGCUGAGCAGGCUGGAUUGCACAACAGCAAAGGAACCCUCUGGAUUCACAUUUACUACAUUGAAAAGCCAAUUUAAAUGCCUUUUUUCCUCUUCCUUUUUAGCAGUGUAAUGUUAGCUUUAAAGCCAUUCUGAACAUAGCUGCUCUGAUUUUAUUCCCAGCAUUCCAGUCUUGUGGUCUGUGGCUGGCAGGCAAUGCCAACGUAGUUUGUCGAACCUCCCAAGCAGAAGAGAUGAUUUCAUAGCUCUUCAGAGGCUCUGCCCCUGCGAUUCUGGAGCCAGACAUUGUUACACUUCGAAAAGGCUGGCCCUGGCUCUUGCUAGACGAUGGUGGAUUUCCUUGGAGGUUCGGGGAUUGUUUUGGCUGGAAGGGAAUUUUUUCAUCACCUAUUCUGACCCUUUGCAUAACCCUUUCAUGUAGGGAUUAUAGCAUCGAGCCUGUGGCUUGGGCUGAGCCAGAACUAGUCCUUCAGAAAGGCUUUCAGUCCAGCCAUGAUGCUACGGGCUAGAAGGAGAACCCUUUGUCUCCCAAAGAACGUUUUGCCUCCCCAGGUGCAUUGUUCCUCGUGGCAUCUUGAUUUCACAGAUAGAGUGGAGACUGGGUGGCAAGAAGGGAACAGGGGAGGUAAAGAGAACAAGAGGCGAGGAAGUAUUUCUCCUACCCUCUCUUCAAAAAUAAAUACAUUGUAAAUUCCACUGAAAAUUGGAGCUUUCUCAGGAUCUCCUUGACAGCACAGAAAAGUGGGAAACAGCAGUUAUCCUUAGUGAUUUUUAUUGUUGCAACAGUAAUCAGCAAAUGCUUCUGACCAGAAGUGUGUGAGACCAGACACUUCUCUCCCCAACAGUUCCGACUCCGCCCUCUCAGGGUCUGUCACCACCCUUUCUCAUUCCGUAGUUGUAGAGCUCCAGGAUAAAUGAGACCUGAUUAUUUUCAAUACGGCAGUGGUGCGAGCAGAAGGAACCUCCGUGUAUGCAUGCUAGUGGCUCUUGGCAUUGCAUUGUACCUGAAGCUGAAAACUUUCUUCUGUUGUUGCCACUGGGACGAGCCCUGGCUGGUCCCCAGUUGGAUUCCAAACAGGAAUCACAGACCUGCACUGAACUUCACUGUUUUUCCUGAGCGCAAAUGAAAGAUGCACAUAUUUCAGUGCCUAGAAGGGAAGGCAUGGGUGAAGGUGAGGCCACAGAGAUCAAGUUAUUAUGGGAUUUGGGAAGCAUCCUUUAGUCUCUGUUAAGACAGAGGAAGGGAAACGGAUUCAUGCAGUCAUCUUUGUUCUCCUGAGCAGUCAACUGGAUUCGAUUUGUCAAUCAGAGCAGUGCCACCACUUCUGGUUUGGUCCCGUGUUGGAAAAAAUUAGUCCAGAAGAGAAGAUGCACAGAUCACUUUUGCUAUUGUAACUCUUCAUCUGCCUCGACGAGGGGGUGCGCGUGACCACUGUAUUCAGCUUGUUUUAAUGUUUUUUUAGCCCAAAGGAUCCUUGUAGCUUUUGCACUUUGAUGUUAUUUUAAAGUUGUGGAGUUCGGGGGGAUUGCAGCCAGUCCUUUGGCCUAUGAAACUAACUUUCAGCUCCUGAGAAGUUGCUGCUUGCAGUCCCAGGUUGCAGAGGCCAGGCUUACACCUCUGAUGUGUGUGGGGAGCACUGGGGGGUCUGCUCUACAGCUCUAAGUACAGAGGUACCCUGCCACCCUUCUCCAGGGGCUCUGGAUGUGACCUUCCUCAUUUAGAGAGAAAAUUGGCUAAUCUCCCCUCAGAAGACUACAUCACCCAUGGGACCAGGCAUGGUGCUAGAUGCUCCUCAUCUGAGGAGCACCUCCUGGGCAGGUACACCAUCAUACAGUCUUUAAUUACACGGCCGCGUGCUUUUUUCCAUGUUCAGUGCCAAGGGUGGAUAUGAAGAGGUCGGUUGAGGUUGCAUAGGAAACUAAAUCUGGCUUUUCCUCAAGUUCAAGAGACUUCUUCCCUACUGCGAGGAGCCUUGUUAGGAAGGUUGGUAUGUAUUUACAGGCAUUCACGCAGAGGCUGAAUAUACCUACAGAAAUAUGCAUGUAGCAACUCUAGCUUUACAAUAGGAUGUUGAUUUAAUUUUCCUCUUACACAAAUCUCAGAGCAGUUUGUUUAAUUGAGGCUUUCAAAAACCCUGUAAGGUAGGGUGUUAUUAUGCCCAUUUUAUGCAGGCGGAAGAGAAGCAGGGGGCAAAUCCUGCCUUGAAUAAUACUUCUGUAUUCUAGGAAGCUGGUAGUGAGUGAGGACAGGGAAGGACUUGCUGGCGCGUAGAGGAGAAUCACAUCGUUUCAGGUGCGUGCAGGAGAAAAAACAGUGGAGUUUGCCAGUACCAUGUGCUCUGGGGAAAGCAGACAGGGUUGCAGGGGGGUUUGUUUCCUACCUGCAAGGUUUGGUGCCCCUUGGCAAGGCCACAAUGGCUGUGCAGGUCCAGGUGCCCACGUGCUCCUCCCAACAGGCAGGACACGCGCUCCCUUGGAUCAGGGCACCGCUCUGAGGUUGCGCUUGGCUUGCUGCCUGUGUGGAGUUGAGAGACCCAGAUGCUUUCCUACUGGGUUUGGGUAUCAAAGCCUCCCUAAUGGGAUACCUGAAAGUGUAGACAGAGGGAGGGGCAGGAAUAACCUCUGAGAUAAACUCCAUUGUGUGGGAGGGUGGAGGCUCUCCAAUGGCCUCAGGAACUAGUCAAGUGAUGGCAUGUUAUCUCUAAGUAGCUGAGAUGCCAACUUUCUCCCAGACUAAUGAAAAGUAGGAGAGACCCUUUUAACAUUCCCAGUGAGGGGAAGGCUGCGCUGGGAGCCCUGCCCUUACUAGAUGCUGAGUCCACGCCAAGGUGGGAUGUUUUGAAUGCUUUGCUUGCGACUCGUCCCUCCUUAGGUACCACAGCAUCUGCUCUGCAGACGAGGGUUGGCCUCUUCUGGAUGUGGUGCCUAGAGACGAGAUCAUCCCUCGGUGCUAAAAUCUUAAGAAACCUGUUGAAUGUUGAACACUUGUUGGUUGGGGGUUUUUUUCCUCAACAACUGUGAAACUUUUGGAUUUGAGAUGACUUUUACAGUUUAAAGGCUCAGGCUAUAUGAUGGUUUUCUCAAGUCUCCAGCUCGUGCAGUCCGGCUAUCACUGAGGAAUCUCGGCUCUCUUUUGUGUAUGUAUAUGUUACAUUUUUAUAUCAGUACAAUUCUAGACCUCACGGCAGCACAGAAGCGCUAGGAAAAAUGUUGUCAGAGUAUUAUUUCACAAACCUGGAAAGCAGAGACAAGGGAAAGUCACCGAAAGCACAGUAAAAAGAUCGAGAACUUGACUUUUAUCUCUUCAAAAUUUAAGAUAAAAGGAACUUUUUACAUGCUCUAUUGAAAUAUCUGUAAAGUCUUAAUAUCUUGGUCAAAUCUAACAUGAUUGAACAGUGAAGCUGUGAUUCAAAGGCAGGGAUUUGCCCUUAUUUUGCGGAGCACGUUGUGCUGGCUGGAGGGGAGCUCUCAGAGACGGCUCCAGUCGAAUUCAGUGACAAAGAAAAUGGCUGCGGCAGCUGAGUUGUUCUUCAAAACAUGAUACAAGAGCAACGUGCCAAGGAUAUUGCUGACAUCCAGGGAGACCAAUGCAAGAUGAGCACUGCCACAGGGGAUAUAAUAGGAAGCGUUAACGCUGGCUGAUGGCAGACCUGGCGAGCAGGAUGCUGAACGGAAGGAACCUGGCAGAGACGAUGGUGUAGGAGAACUGGCUUGCCCCCAUGAAUGAGAUAAUAUUUGGUCAGCUAUGUACGUACCGUGUUGCUCAUAACCAUCCCGUCGCCAGCUCUCAAACCAGCUCCUCUAAAAGGACCAGAGCUCAGGGCCUCUUAUAAAGUUAAUGAAGAAGGGGGAAAACAGAAUGGGUUUCGUGUGUCAUGCAAGUGUGGGCUGGAAGGAGGAGUUUUCCUGCAUGAGAAGUCUCAGAGAUCCAAAUAUUCUCUUCUCUUGCCGGGCCAGAAAAUCAAACAUACUGAAACUGUUGGCAAACUGAAAUACUAUGGGGAAAAUCAAGUACAGAUAGACAGAAUUUUCGUUUCCUAACCUUAAACGUUCCUUUAAUUUUGAUGCUUUGUAGGCUUGUAGAAGUACUGUCUUAAAAUUUGACAUUGGAAUUUUUAAUUGAAUCCAAAAUUUUAUGUAUAAAAUGUAUAAAUAUUUACCUAUUCCAGCCAUUUUUAAUUGCAAAAUGU